UUCAUAUUUAGCAUCUGGUCACACUACUCUGGUCCCAACAGUUUGUUUUUGUUCGUUCCUUGGAGGACAUUUCCUUUAUUAAUCGAUUUUUAAGAGCCCCAAGAAAAUUUCCAUGACCAACCGUCAUCAGGACAUUCCUAUUCGUCCGCGAUAUGGAUAUGUGGACGAGGAGAGCGGCCAGGAGCGGUCCUCGACUGGGGCACAAGCCACACCUGCUUCGUCAUACACAGAGAUUCCUUUUUUGGCUCAAUACCCAGGACCAGUGCCGGAGCACGUCCUGCAGGACCUCACACCCACGGCAUCGGGAAAUCCACUGCCUAGAAACCAAGGGAACGGGGCCAAUGGAGAGAGCUACGUCAACCUAGACUCUGGUGAUGAAGAGGAGGAAGGAGAGGAGGAUGAUCCAGGGGACGAAGACAACAGCAAUUCGAACAGCAACUCCAAAGACAGUUCAGGGGAUCAUCAAGGAAACAGGCCAAAACAUGAGAGCAAUCUUCCUUAUGAACUGGAAGGAGCAAGUGAGCCUGGGGGAAUGCGUCAUUUCGUGGCUCAUGAUCUGGAAGCCAAACUGCGGGAAGGCGUGGGUACCUCCGCUCACACGGAUUGCUCUUCGGAACACACUACCCCUUCGACUUCAAUGGGGCCAGGAGCCGUGGGAGGAUCUACGGGUAGUGGACUCCUCACGCGACGAUUCCUUCAAUCUCGAACUGUUCCCGAAGUGGAUGGCAGUGUUCUUAGUGAUAUAGAGCUAGAGGCUCAGUACCUGGCCACCUCGGUGGACAAUCUGAUGGAAAACCUGGGCAAUCUGCUUCACUCCAUCUCCUCCAUAACUGCGGAUAAUGUUGAGGUGCAUCGUAAUGCGGUCAACAAGCUGACAGAUACCCUAGAUGCGAACAUCAAGUGUCAAUACCAACUGCUUGCCAAAACGGAAGAGAUCACCAAGUCGAUGAAGCCCACAGAGCAGCUAGGACAGCGGAUCCGUGAGAUUAAACGAUUGGUGGAUAUGUUGGACAGCACCAUGUAG